GACUCGGCUUCUGACCACCUCUCCCGAAGUCUCCUUAUGGUGUCUGGCUGAGGCAUUUUGACAAGUAACACUGCGGUGGCAAUUUCGUAACCACCGAAAGUCGUUCUUGCAAACCAUUUUUUCACGAUCACCCGAAAGCUUCGUCUGUUCUUCCAGACAAAUCCCACCAGAUACAGGCCGACCUGUCUCCCCCGACCUGGUUGUGAGGGGGCUCCGCCGAUCCCUCAGCCCCGCCGGUCGGCUGGCGGAAGUGCGCUGACGUCAUGUGUUUCCGGUGCGCCCUGCUGCGAACUGAUGAUGUGGGAAGAGAGCGGUGUCAGGGUGCAGGCUGUGACCGGGGGCUGAAGUGGGACACUGGCUUCGGCGUCGAAUCAGGCGGGGAGAGGGGAAGAAAAAGCCGGGGGAGUUGGUCGGCGAGGGUUGCCGGCCUCGUGUGGAGCCAUGAUCCGCUGGAUACGGCAGCAACUGGGAUUUGACCCACCACAUCUGAGUCCCACAAGGACAAUUUAUGUUUCCAAUCACUUCCCUCAGUACAGUCAUUUUGUUCACCAGAAGUUUCCAGACAAUAGGAUAAUAUCAUCCAAGUACACAGUUUGGAAUUUUAUCCCUAAAAAUUUAUUUGAACAAUUCAGAAGAAUAGCCAACUUCUACUUUCUUGUAAUUUUUCUUGUACAAUUAAUGAUAGAUACUCCUACAAGUCCUUUCACCAGUGGUCUGCCGUUGUUUUUUGUAAUUACAGUAACAGCAGUCAAACAGGGUUAUGAGGAUUGGUUACGGCAUAAAGCAGACAAUGAAGUAAAUAAUACCCCUGUGUAUGUAAUUCGAAGUGGUAGGCUUGUCCAGACAAGAUCACAAAACAUAAGGGUUGGUGAUAUCGUCAAAAUAGAAAAAGAUCAAACAUUUCCAACAGAUUUAGUGCUGUUGUCAUCUGACCGAGCAAAUGGGACAUGUUAUGUCACAACAGCAAGCUUGGAUGGAGAAACCAAUCUGAAGACCCAUCGUGCAGUUCCAGAAAUAGCAAAGAUGCAGACGGUUUUUCAACUAGACAAACUGAGGGCUGUUAUAACCUGUCACCAACCUGAGCCAGAUUUAUAUAGAUUUGUUGGUCAGAUUUCAAUAAAAGAAGUGCACGGUGACACUGUGAGACCUCUGGGACCAGAAAACCUUCUACUUAAAGGAGCAAGUUUGAAAAAUACCAGCCAAGUUUUUGGUGUGGCUGUUUACACAGGAAUGGAUGCUAAAAUAGCCUUGAAUUACAAGAGUAAAUCACAAAAACGUUCCUCUGUGGAAAAGUCCAUGAACACCUUUCUGAUAGUCUUCCUGGAAAUUCUUGUGAUUGAAGCAGUUAUUAGUACAAUCCUGAAAUAUAGUUGGUGGUAUGAAUCACCAUACAAUGAAAGAACCGUACAGGAAAAAAACAGCAGCAAAAUUUUGACAGGUAUAUCUGAUUUCUUGGCUUUCAUGGUGCUAUACAAUUACAUCAUUCCAAUCUCACUUUAUGUUACCGUUGAGAUGCAAAAAUUCUUGGGAUCCUUUUUCAUUGUGUGGGAUCUUGAUUUAUACCAUGAAGGUUCAAGUCAACGGGCACAGGUUAACACCUCUGACCUUAAUGAAGAACUUGGACAGGUGGAGUAUGUAUUAACAGAAACUGGAACACUGACUGAAAAUGAAAUGAAAUUCAGGGAAUGCUCCAUAAAUGGCAUUAAGUACAAAUAUAUCAAUGGCAGUUUGGUCCCUGAAGGAGUGACUGGAGAGAUUAGCAGACAAACUUUUACUGAUGAAGAGGUGAUGUUCUUGAAGGCAAUAUCCCUGUGCCACACAGUGCAUAUUAGUGAUUUGGAAGCAAUCCACCGAUCUACUUUGAGGCACGUCGUUGCUGAUUUAUCCAAAGUACAAUACUAUGCUGCCUCACCAGAUGAGAAGGCUUUGGUAGAAGCUGCCAGAAGGAUUGGAGUUGCAUUUGCUGGAUCUGAUGACAAUAGUGUAAUACUUAACACAUUUGGAAAGAUUGAAAGAUACAAACUUCUUGAUGUUUUAGAGUUUGAUGCAGAUCGCAGGCGAAUGAGUGUGAUUGUUGAAACACCAGAAGGAAAAUUGGUAAUGUUCACUAAAGGGGCAGAAUCCUCCGUCCUUCCAUUGGCAAGAACAGGGGCAGUAUCUGUAAUGAGUGCACAUGUGGAUGAACUUGCUAUGAAAGGAUUACGAACACUCUGUAUAGCUUGCAAGUUUCUAUCCAAGCAAGAGUAUGAAGAGAUAGAAUCUCGGCUACUUGCAGCCAGGACAUCUCUGCACCAUCGUGAGCAAGUUGUAGCAGAUGUUUUCAAUUUUAUUGAGAAAGACCUCCACCUGCUGGGAAUUUCUGGAAUAGAGGACAAGUUGCAAGACAAAGUACCUGAGACAAUUGAAGCUCUUAAAUUGGCAGGCAUCAAAGUGUGGGUUCUUACGGGCGAUAAACAAGAAACUGCAAUUAGUGUGUGUUUAUCCAGUGGACAUUUUCACAAGACGAUGAAUAUUUUGGAACUUACCAAUCAGAAAUCUGACAGUGAAUGUGCCGAGCAACUUCGUAGGCUUAGUAUCAGAGUAAAACAUGAUCAUGUGAUUCAGCAUGGCUUAGUUGUAGAUGGAACCAGCCUUUCACAUGCGCUCAGAGGACAUGAAGAAUUGUUCAUGGAAAUUAGCAAAAGCUGCAGUGCUGUGUUAUGUUGUCGAAUGGCACCACUACAAAAAGCAAAAGUAGUCAGACUUUUGAAAACAUUGCCAGCCAAGCCAAUUACCUUGGCAAUUGGUGAUGGUGCAAAUGAUGUCAGCAUGAUCCUAGAAGCAAAUAUUGGUAUAGGAAUCAUGGGUAAAGAAGGACGGCAAGCAGUGAGAAACAGUGAUUAUGCAAUAGCGAGAUUCUGCUUCCUCACUAAAUUACUUUUUGUCCAUGGUCAUUUCUAUUAUAUUAGAAUAUCACAUCUUGUACAGUAUUUUUUUUAUAAGAAUGUCUGUUUUAUCACACCUCAGUUUUUAUACCAGUUCUUCUGUAUGUUUUCACAACAGACAUUGUAUGAUGGUGCUUAUCUGACGUUAUACAACAUUUGCUUCACUUCCUUACCCAUCCUCAUGUACAGUUUGUUUGAACAAGAUGUGCAUCCUCGGAUACUACAUGGCAAACCAGCAUUGUACAAGGAGAUUAGCAAAAAUGAGGUUUUGUCUCUCAAAAGAUUUCUGUAUUGGACUCUACUAGGAUUUUGUCAUGCCUUUAUAUUUUUCUUUGGCGCUUAUCUUCUGAGGGGAGGAGAAGAUGCAUCCAUGAUGGGAAAUGGUCAGAUGUUUGGAAAUUGGGCAUUUGGCUUUCUAGUCUUCACAGUUAUGUUUAUAACUGUUACAUUAAAGUUGGGAAUAGAGACGCAUUACUGGACCUGGAUAAACCACUUUGUUAUGUGGGGUUCAAUAAUUUUUUACUUUGUGUUCUCUUUGGUUUAUGGAGCUGCACUUUGGCCAUUUUUGCAGUUACAAAGCAUGUAUGCAGUCUUCAGUUAUUUGUUGUCCAGUGCUUCAGUCUGGCUUGGCAUUAUCGUCAUAAUAGUUGCCUGUUUGUUUCCCGAUGUCCUAAGAAAAGUAUUCUGGAGACAUACACGACCUACUUUGGCACAAAGAUCACAGUUCUUGGAGACCAAUUCUGGCAUCACCUGCAUGGAAUCGCUUUGCUGUUGCUCAAGCAGAGAAACAGGAUGUUCACCUUUUAGAAGAGUACUAGACCAAAUAAUGGGAAGAUGCAAUUCCUUACGAGUCAACAGAUCUUGGAGUGACUUGGAUCCCCACUGCACGAAUGACAGAACCAUUUUGACACUCUCAUCAAUGGAUGGCCCCUCACAUGCAUCAAGGAUUUAAUGGCUAAAUGGAGACAUAGUGGAUGCUAUGUCUUUCUAGGGUUUUUGAUUUUCAGUUCCAUAUUUACCUCUGAGUCAUAGGGGAGAAUAAAAAUAUGUGUGGUUAUCUGCCUGUGCCACCUUACAUUUAUUUUUGUUUUGCAUGUAUGCCCUAUUCUCGCCCAAAUAAGGUACUGCAUUUUAGAAGAAGCAAGGACAGUAAUGAGAAUUAAGAUUGUAAUUUAUUUGUAAAUAGUUGUAACUUACCAUAUUUUCCUCUUUUUACAAAUUAUCUAUUUCUGAAGCUAUAUUUUUCUAUUUUUGCUUUCUCAGACAGGGAAUGAGAUAACUUUCAUAUGGUACAUCCCCUUUUGGACUCGAUCUGCACUAAUGCUAAAUUAAAUUUCUUGACAUAUAAAGUAGCUAUCUAGUCAGACAAGUGACUUUAUGGAAAUGUAUUUUCAUGCAUCUGAUAGUCUUGUAAAUCUCAAAAUCUGGUAGUAUCUUUUCCAUUCUAAUUGCUCUCCCUGUUGGAAAUUGCAGUCAGUAAAUAACUGAAUGGCUUGCAAUUAACAAUGGAGCUGUAUUAGGAGUUAACACAGUGGGUAUGGUAAAGGAAUAGGCAAGAUCUUGCAAUAUAUUUUUUUAAGAAAUGUUAAUCAACUUUUUAAAUUUGGUGCACAGUUGGUUCUGUUGUUCAAAAACUGGUGUUUUCAAAACUGGACAAGAAAAUGAUGGCCGGGGACUUGCAAUUCAGCAAGCAAUUAAAAUGAAUGAAUGGAAAAUCAGACUGGUGAAUGCAGAAGUGGUUUGUAAGAUAGUUCUGGAGUUUGCCUAGGCUUCAAGUACUUAGCAAUUGCUUUCUAUGGGAGAUUUGGAUAUGUUGAAAGACAGGCUAAGUAGGAGACCAAUUCACUAUUUGCAGUUUUAAAAUGUUGCUCUAAGUUAUUAAGGGUAAGAGGUGUAUCUUGAAAGUUAAGACCUUUAUUGGUCAUAAUAUUUUAGCCUUUGAAAGUCGUUUUGUGCUCUUAUAUAGAAGAAUGUAAAAAUCUAGAUAAAUCAACCCAUACUACAAACAUCACUUCAACUUUUACACCACAUUGGUUUCAGUGAUUUAUAUAAAAUUACAUUACUUGUAUUAUCAACAAGUUAAUAUUGCCAAACUAUAAUGAGUGCAAUUGCAUGUCUCAAAGUGACAAUUGCCAAGCUAAUUUGUUUCCAAUGUAUAUCAGUGUUUUUGGAGAACAUUGUUCAGUAUUACUAAACUGAAUUAUGAACACCACUAUCUGUACUGAACUGUUGACACAGCAAGUAACUGGUAUUCAAAAAAGGUGUCUUUAUUUCCCAAAUAAUGAAUAUUGUCAAAAUGAGAUUAUAUUUUCAUUUGGCUUACCACUUCAGAGUUUCUCUUCAGAGGUUCAAACUUUAUUUCAUAAUUGCAUUUUUCAGUUAUUUAUUCUUAAUGUUUGUCAUUUUUGUGCCAGUUUUAUUCAAAUUUAGUUUUAAAAAAAGUAAUUUAACACCAGGGUUGUAUAUUCCCGUUAGUUAACAGAUACUGUUGUCUAUUGCAUGUAAUUUACAUAGUAUUGCAUAAACUGAUUAGUCACCUCAGUCCUUAUUUUCCAAUCUAUGAUACUGCGGCUAUUCACCAGUUGAAAGACAUUCUUUACAGUUUAUACUUCCACAGGAACUGGUUUAAAUAUGAUUCCAGAAUAAAAGGAUACAAAAUACUGUUAAUUAGAUAUAAGAUGUAUUGCAUUUCACUAGAAAAUUUUGCCUGAAAAUGUUGACCUGUCAAGGAGGAGGGGGAAAAGCCUCAUUACCAAUUAGUAAAUGAUUUUAGUUUCAGGAUGCAAGGACACAGCUAUUUACUCAGUUCGGACAAUCUAUUUUGUAAGUAAACUGUUCCAUUCAUAGUUAAAUUAUAAGGUAACAGGAGGUGCUUUUAAUGUCAUUUGUUAAGAAAACCUAAUGUUGGCCAGAAAACAUUUUCCAUAGUACAGUAAAUUCAUUUAUCCAAAAUCACAGAUGCUCUCCCAGUGCAGGAAAAGUUGCAAUUCCACAGAACAAGUUAGACUUAGACUUAGAUCUGUUGCUGGCCUUGCAUGAAUUUCAACUAGGGUCAAUAUUGAAGUUAAUUUUAUCCCAAAAAUUGAAAUAAUUAUAAAAGACUUUUUAAUUUGAGUUGAGAUUUGGAUUGAGUAAAUCUGAACAAAACAACAUGCCUUCUAAGUGGGAUUUAAGAAAGAGGAAAAAAAAGUGUUUAAGUAUGACAAAUCAAUGCUUGAAAAGGCUUUUGUAAAAUCUGCAUCCUGACCUUUUUCAAAGUCUGUCCUAAGUUCUUUUGUGUGAUGGAAAUGAAAACAGCUUAAUUUGAAAGAAUUUUUGCCAUGUUGGCAAAUAAUUAUACAGCUCUUGGAAGCUGUAGGAACCUCACAGCACCCUGUUUGUGACCAGUGAUAAUUUUGGCUAAUAAAUGCAGUGGUGCAGAUACUUUUGGUACAAUUCAUUUUUAGUAGCAAUAAAAAUCAGAAAAAUGUGGAUCUUGGGCACUAAUUGUCAAUAUUUUGCAGGGUUGCAUUAUUUUUAAAAUUCUUUUAUUUGAGUUGUCUCAAGCUAUUCUACAUUGGUGAAACUUUGUCUUAAAACAUUUAUGUUCAUUUAUCAAUAAAGGAAA